GAAAACGACUGCUGCAAUCUUUGACGCCCUCUAGAACGUAUUACCACCGAAAUAAGAGAUAGAAAGCAAAACACUCGAUUGAUCUGCUGAACCGACUACUCGUUAGGAAGUAUUUAACGAUGGACGAAAUAAUUAAUCGAUUCUAUAUAGCGCGGUGUCUAAUUACAAAGUACUCGCGCCGUAUCACAACUAAUUAACAUUCCCUGGAACUGCUAAUAAUUCAGUUUAGAUGGCGGUAUCAUUCAAUCUAUGGUUUGGACGUUAAUGAACGGAACAUCAUUACGGAGCAUUGUUGUAAGUUGUAACCGAUAUCACGGCGCAUUAUUAAUUACAGCCGGGUGCAAGUGAGAAAGGGAGCACGGUUAUAGUGUAAUUCGCGAAAAUCGAGGAAAAGCGAGGGAUCGAUAAGAAGAUGCUAAGGAAGGGAAACCUUAUGAUUAAGAGCGUGCGACGCGUCACGAGGAGUUAUCACGACGAUGCGGCUGUUAUCGGGACCACGCAAGAUGCCAAUACGCCGGAGUACAAGGAGAAUUUUAUUCGAAUGAAAGCCGCGGUGGAUGCGUUGACAAAAACGGUGGGUAAGAUUGUGGAGGGUGGAGGGCAGAAAGCGAGGGAGAGGCAUCUAAAAUAUGGGAAAAUGUUACCGAGGGAACGAAUUAACGCGCUCAUCGACCCGACGUCCCCUUUUCUCGAGUUUUCUCAAUUAGCCGGCUACGAGCUGUACGACAAGGAGGAAGUACCCGCCGGUGGUAUCAUCACUGGUAUCGGCAGGGUGCAGGGAGUCGAGUGUGUGGUGAUCGCGAACGAUGCGACGGUAAAGGGCGGCUCGUACUAUCCCAUCACGAUAAAAAAACACUUGAGAGCCCAGGAAAUCGCAGAGGAGAACCACUUACCGUGUAUAUACUUGGUAGACAGCGGCGGGGCAAAUUUGUCGCGACAGGUCGAGGUUUUCCCGGACAAAAUGAAUUUCGGUAGAAGCUUUUACAAUCAGGCGAUUCUCAGUUCGAAAGGGAUCGCACAGAUCGCAGUAGUCAUGGGCAGUUGCACGGCAGGAGGCGCGUACGUACCGGCGAUGGCCGAUGAGAACGUGAUCGUCGGUAAUCAAGGCACGAUUUUUUUGGCCGGCCCACCUCUGGUAAAAGCCGCCACUGGGGAAGAAGUGACCGCCGAAGAGUUGGGUGGUGCUACCCUUCACUGCAGGACGUCCGGGGUUACCGAUCAUUACGCCAAGAACGACGCCCACGCUUUGUACCUGACACGCCAAAUCGUUAGGGACUUGAACCGACAAAGACCGAUGGACGUGAACAUAGACAAAGAGAUAGAAGUCCCUGUACACGCGGUGGACGAGAUCUACGGCAUAGUAGGUACCAACUUGAAGCGACCGUACGACGUCCGGGAGGUGAUCGCAAGGAUCGUCGACGGGUCCAGGUUUCGCGAGUUCAAAGCGCAGUACGGGGAGACGUUAGUCACGGGGUUCGCGAGGAUCUGCGGGUAUCCCGUGGGAAUCCUCGGGAAUAAUGGGGUGCUGUUCUCGCAGAGCGCGUUAAAGGGUACGCAUUUUGUGCAGCUCUGCGCUCGACGAAGGAUACCCCUAAUUUUCUUACAGAACAUUACAGGGUUCAUGGUCGGGAAGAACGCGGAGGCCGGGGGAAUCGCGAAGGACGGAGCAAAACUGGUGAACGCGGUCGCUUGCGCCAGGGUACCGAAGAUCACCGUGAUCAUCGGUGGAUCGUACGGCGCAGGGAACUUCGGUAUGUGCGGGCGUUCUUAUUCACCACGGUUUCUCUAUCGCUGGCCAAACUCCAAACUGGCGGUAAUGGGAGGAGAACAAGCUGCAGGUGUGCUGGUUCAAAUCACGAAAGAUAAACGUAAACGUGAUGGGAAAGAGUUCACCGCGGAAGAGGAGGAGGAAAUGAAGAAACCGUUGAUAGAACAGAUCGAGAAGGAGAGCAGUCCAUAUUACUGCAGUGCUAGGCUCUUUGACGAUGGAGUGAUCGAUCCCAUUGAUACGAGACUGGUGCUUGGACUGAGUUUAUCAGCGGCGUUGAACGCGCCAAUCCCGGAAAGCAAGUUCGGCAUUUUCCGAACGUAAAACUGUGUUCAAUGCAACCGGUAACCUGCAUGUAUGAAAGUAUCUGGCUCUCUUGUGUUUGAUAUUAAUUUUUAAGCGAAAGGUGUAUAUUUUUUAUAUGGCGUUGUCACGUGUACAUGAUUGCUAGACAUUCCAAAUACACAAUGCAUAUUUUUUACGUUUC